AUGAAGUUUUUAAGCUUGGCAGUUUUCGUGGGACUUUUGUUAGCGGCCUGUGUAAGCUGUUCAGAGGCUGCUAAAUCUUCGAACAACAUGUACAAUUGUAAGAAGCAGAGUGUAAAUUGUUUUUAAUUCAUUUUUGAAGUUUAUGAUUUGCUACCUCCCAAAACAUUUUCGAAUCUUUGAAAGAUUCGAAACCGUUUUUACAACGAUUGACAUUUUGUGAAUUUUGCUUUAAGCCCGCAGAAAAACCAUCAGCAGUGGUGACCUUAUUAUUUUGAAAUCAGCUCAUAGCAGUUAUUCGAAACUUUCACUAAGCUGCAAUACAUCUGGCUGCCAAUGGACGCAUUGCCCGUCUAAUGAUGCUGAGGUUUCGUCGUCCUGCUCACCUGAGAAUGCGGAGUUCAAAAUAACAGCCAGAGGAGAAACGCUGGGAAAGCCCAUCGAAAGCGGGGAAAAAGUGUCGCUCAUCAUUAGAAAGUACGGUCCUCAGUACAAGCUGACUUGUGGCAAAUCUUCAACCGCGCAGUGCCAUUUGGCUUCGUAAGUAUUCAGCUUUAAAUUUAAACACCGCAUCAGCUCUUCUUGGGAAUUUAACUCAAGCAACAUCGGACGAGAAGAUGCAACUGAUGUCUAUAGUUGACUUUCGGUCUGUACAAUUUUGCUCUUAGUCAGUUAUUGGCAUUUCUCUCUUGGUCAGUAUUAAGAACUCAUAGGCAAAAGUAAUUUUGCUUGGGUCAACCCAAACUUGACUGCUAGAUAUUUAGUAAAUUAUUGCUUUUUGACCUCCUUUUGCCACUUUUUUCUCUAGCUUUAAAGGCGACAUGACAGGAAACAACUGGCUGAUAUACGACAACGCCACUUUUCAAAUAUUCUCCAAAGAGGCAGAGGAUUCUACGCCCAUCCACAAUGGCGAUGUGGUGGGACUCAAGUACUUACACUGCUCCAGCAAAGCAUGGCUGACUAAAAGUGGCAAAUUUCUUUAUCCGCGUAGCUGUAGCAGAAACGACAAAACCUCUUGCGCAAAAGAGGACCGUUUCACCGGCUUCAAAAUCUUCAAGAGCUGAAGUUUUUAAGAUCUCAAUUUUGAAGCUCAACCAUAAAUUUAAGCAUAAACAGAUUGGAUCAUUAAGUGACCAUUUUGGAAAGAUAAUUAAAUAAUUUCUAAGGGAUUUAUGUGUUAAUGAACUUUAACUUUUUGCUUUUCAAUAAAAUAGUUGAGGAUUCGAUCGCGAUUACACGUCUUAUGGUACUUAUGACUCGACGGAUAAGAUUAAAUCAAAUGAUCUUUGAGUCUUUGCUCCUUAACUGUUUCACCUUAAAUUAGAAAUCACCCUGACUGUUCUUUAAUUCGUUUUGUUUAUCACAUUUUUUGUGAUGUUUUCUUUUAAUCUGGGUUAUUUCAGCUUCAACUGAGAGAAAAAAUGAUCGAAUUCCAAUCCAAUGUAGCUAGCACGUCAGUCCCUUCACAGCGACAACAUCCACUGAUAAGCGACCUUCUAUUGAGGGUUUUUCUUUCUUUUAUGAUAGUGGAACCCUUAUAUCCUCGGUGAAGGAUCUUCAAUUAAGUCCUCACUGACUCUGGAGAUAUGAAUUAAUAGUUAAUAUUUAUAAUCUAAUUAAAAAAAAAAAAAGAAAAUGAAAUAUCCUUCUCGUGUCCGGUCAGUAGUGUGCUGUUCAUCGCGCUACGGCGGAAUAAAAUAUAAACGAAAAUAUAAAACUUUGAGAUUAUAUUUUUAGUGCUUUCGAACUUAAUAAUUUAAGUAUGGUUAUUUGGCUUUGUUUUUUAAGAGUCUUUCUUUUUUUUCUUUUCUGAACCUUUUAAUUAUUUUUAGUAUUGUAUAGCGAGCGAUAUUUGAAUCUAGCUACCUAUCCUUUAGUACUCCAUCGCACUCAUAAAACCAGCUCUUUCCACUUGUGUUUAUACUUGGGGUUUUCUUAUUUCAAUAAAUGUUUUCACCACAGAGCACCCCCCUAAGGUGUCAUUCACUUCCGCUCACCUAACACGUUCGCGAAUUUUUAUCACAUGUUUUGCAACACACUUUACACGGCAAAGACAGCUUAUUCUUAGCCCCACAUCAUCUUUACUGAAAUUAUUAUUUGGAACUUUUAACCACAUCAGUAAAUUAAGCCUAAGAAUGAAGUUUUUAAGCUUGGCAGUUUUCGUGGGACUUUUGUUAGCGGCCUGUGUAAGCUGUUCAGAGGCUGCUAAAUCUUCGAACAACAUGUACAAUUGUAAGAAGCAGAGUGUAAAUUGUUUUUAAUUCAUUUUUGAAGUUUAUGAUUUGCUACCUCCCAAAACAUUUUCGAAUCUUUGAAAGAUUCGAAACCGUUUUUACAACGAUUGACAUUUUGUGAAUUUUGCUUUAAGCCCGCAGAAAAACCAUCAGCAGUGGUGACCUUAUUAUUUUGAAAUCAGCUCAUAGCAGUUAUUCGAAACUUUCACUAAGCUGCAAUACAUCUGGCUGCCAAUGGACGCAUUGCCCGUCUAAUGAUGCUGAGGUUUCGUCGUCCUGCUCACCUGAGAAUGCGGAGUUCAAAAUAACAGCCAGAGGAGGAACGCUGGGAAAGCCCAUCGAAAGCGGGGAAAAAGUGUCGCUCAUCAUUAGAAAGUACGGUCCUCAGUACAAGCUGACUUGUGGCAAAUCUUCAACCGCGCAGUGCCAUUUGGCUUCGUAAGUAUUCAGCUUUAAAUUUAAACACCGCAUCAGCUCUUCUUGGGAAUUUAACUCAAGCAACAUCGGACGAGAAGAUGCAACUGAUGUCUAUAGUUGACUUUCGGUCUGUACAAUUUUGCUCUUAGUCAGUUAUUGGCAUUUCUCUCUUGGUCAGUAUUAAGAACUCAUAGGCAAAAGUAAUUUUGCUUGGGUCAACCCAAACUUGACUGCUAGAUAUUUAGUAAAUUAUUGCUUUUUGACCUCCUUUUGCCACUUUUUUCUCUAGCUUUAAAGGCGACAUGACAGGAAACAACUGGCUGAUAUACGACAACGCCACUUUUCAAAUAUUCUCCAAAGAGGCAGAGGAUUCUACGCCCAUCCACAAUGGCGAUGUGGUGGGACUCAAGUACUUACACUGCUCCAGCAAAGCAUGGCUGACUAAAAGUGGCAAAUUUCUUUAUCCGCGUAGCUGUAGCAGAAACGACAAAACCUCUUGCGCAAAAGAGGACCGUUUCACCGGCUUCAAAAUCUUCAAGAGCUGAAGUUUUUAAGAUCUCAAUUUUGAAGCUCAACCAUAAAUUUAAGCAUAAACAGAUUGGAUCAUUAAGUGACCAUUUUGGAAAGACAAUUAAAUAAUUUCUAAGGGAUUUAUGUGUUAAUGAACUUUAACUUUUUGCUUUUCAAUAAAAUAGUUGAGGAUUCGAUCGCGAUUACACGUCUUAUGGUACUUAUGACUCGACGGAUAAGAUUAAAUCAAAUGAUCUUUGAGUCUUUGCUCCUUAACUGUUUCACCUUAAAUUAGAAAUCACCCUGACUGUUCUUUAAUUCGUUUUGUUUAUCACAUUUUUUGUGAUGUUUUCUUUUAAUCUGGGUUAUUUCAGCUUCAACUGAGAGAAAAAAUGAUCGAAUUCCAAUCCAAUGUAGCUAGCACGUCAGUCCCUUCACAGCGACAACAUCCACUGAUAAGCGACCUUCUAUUGAGGGUUUUUCUUUCUUUUAUGAUAGUGGAACCCUUAUAUCCUCGGUGAAGGAUCUUCAAUUAAGUCCUCACUGACUCUGGAGAUAUGAAUUAAUAGCUAAUAUUUAUAAUCAACUGAGUGCACUGGAGAAUAUUUUCACCAGAGAUUGACGAACACCAAUAUUUUUGCGACGGUUCAAAAUGAAUUUUCGCCGGGCCGAGGUUUUCAAACGGUGCAGAAUCUUUUGGGUGAUUAGGUUGAGAAAAUGGGUCGCUAAAUUUUAUCAUUUCUUCCUGCCAAGGUUUCUCAACGUGUCAGCAUGACUGCAAUCUUGUCAAUCGAAUACUUUUUUCUUCAAAGAGUAAUUCAGCAAUGCAUUGAAUCAAUACCGACCCCGAGACAGUAUCGAGAGAUAGUAAUGUGCAGCUGUAUAUGAAGCAACAUUUUCCUGCCGUUCAAAUUGUUAUUUCAGGGGCACCCAACGACAGUUUUGUCCUAAAUGCAUUGAAAACAAUUUUUAGUCUAUCCAGAGUAUUUUCAUAUCUCUAGAAGUGCAUUCUAAGCGGCGCUAUAAAAUUUUUAUCUGUUCGGUCAUCCAGGACAACUUGAGUCUUUUCCAAAUUAUAUAAUAAUAGUAAUAAUGGAAUUUAUAUAGCGCUUAUACAUCGCUGUUCUAAGCCCCUUACAAUGUAAAAAAGGACAUAAGAAUAUCAUUAAGCACAAGCUUACAUAUAACCCUACUGUACACAUCUUAAAAAGGAAAGAAAAAAAAACAAAAAAAACCAAAAAAAGCAAAAGCAAAAAAACAAAAAAACAAAAACAAAAACAAAUAUGACGAAACUAAAUGUCAUAUACCUUUUUAAAAAGAAACGUUUUCAACUUAGAUUUAAAAAGAUUAACAUCAGAACAAGCUCGAAUUUCAAAGGAGAGCUUGUUCCAUAAUCGGGGGGCAGCAACGGAAAACGCUCGCUGGCCAUAAGUUUUCAUGUUAAAAUUUGGUUCUUCAAGGCGUAAAUGAUCCCUUGAUGACCGUAAUGUCCUUGCUUGAUGGUAAAAUUUUAAAAUAUCUUCAAGAUAUCGGGGACCGGAGCCAUUCAAUGUUUUAAAAGUUAUUAAAUUUAUUUUAAAAACAAUUCUCUCCUCAACAGGAAGCCAGUGAAGAUCUCUUAGAGUCUCGGUGAUGUGAUCUCGUUUUUUGAGACCGGCGAUAAUUCGAGCAGCCGCAUUCUGAACGGACUGCAACGGACUGCAACUUAUCCCUAUGGGCAGUCAGUAUUAUUUUCCCGAAAAUUUUAGAUGCAAUUUAAAGUUUUACGAAGUUAGGAUUUUUUCUGAUUCCUCUCUUCAUAGCAUUUUUAAAUCCGAAAAAAAUUUAAGUUUCCUUUUUCGACAAAAAUAGCCAACGUGCAUGGGAAGUGAAAUGCAAAAAAUUAAACUUCAGAAAAUCGUAUUUAUUUUAGACUAGCUUCGAAAAUUGUACAGGAAUAGAACGGUCCUCUAGACAUUUUUUAGCCUUCCUCAAGCUAUAGAAAAUUCUAGGCAUUUGUAGUUUCUCCGAACAGAUAUUUUACAGAAAACAGUUGUCGGGUGCUCCUGUUAUUUCCGCGGUGGCUGGUGAAAUUAAAAAGGGAUAGAACAAUGGGUUCUGACGAUCGGGUUCGGAUUAGUAAGUGUUUUUUUAAACCGCACGGACUUUCAGAAAUCAUAGUAACAAUAAAUUGAAAUUACUGAUAUUUGUCAAAACGAAAAUAAUCAUAAUUUUAUUUUGCCCACUGCCGAGUUUAGUAUGACCAAAAGCAAUGUUCUACUUGUAAUGGGCUUAAAGUUAUCGAUGAUGUCAUCACGUCUUGCGGAACGUGAACUGGUCGGACUCCCUAAACAUGUUUCGCAUUAAUUAAGUAAGAAACCUCUUAUAAACGUUUGCUAAACGUUACAUUAUUCAUAACAUAAUUAGUCUUAGUUAAGGGAAUUUGAAGUCUGUGUCAGUCUGUUAAGGCGUUCACAGAGUCGUCAUCGAGUAUGAAGUUUCUGGGUGAGACCGUUUUGGUGGCUUUAAUCUUUCUUGGCGGAGUCAACUGUUUAGAUUCCGUUGUUAUUAACUCGAAUAACCUGCAAGUAAGUUUCUCGGUACCGAUAGAAGAUGUGUGGACCGACUUAUCGAGAGGUAAGACUUCGAUAAAGCGUUUGAUGUUGUUUCAGUUUUAUUAUUCUAGAGUCGCUAGCCUAAGCGAUGUGCUGGGGACUUGGAGCUUUCACCCCGUUCGGUUUGUCUUAAUUAUUAAUAGUGUAAACGUUUCGAGUUCAUUCAAAGUUUUUGUGAAUCUCACCUUUAGAUCACAGCAAAAUGCUUCUUUUACAAAACGAAAAAAAACGGCUUUACAAUUAGUAUGCGUCAAAUAUCUUCUUUCAUCUUUUGGUAGUUUAGUGCAAGGUUUUAAUAGGAAUUUUUUUUGUUACAAGUCCACAGAUAUCCUGUAAUCAAGAGUGGGGACCAAAUUGUGCUACGAUCAGCGCACAGCAGUUACUCCACCUACUUGCUGUAUUGUGAUACUAAUUGCGAACUGGGUAACUGCUCAGGUAGUCAGAGUAUGACGAAAUCUUUGUGGUCUUCAUGUUCUUCCUACUCCAAGUUCUAUAUCACCGCCUUUGGAAGAGUAAAUGGAGAAGCCAUCAACAGUGGAGACACUGUGUCAUUGAGUUCUUAUGCCUUCGGUUCCAGCUACCGGCUGAGGUGCACAUCAUCGAAUACCUGGUACUGCAGAGUAUCAUCGUAAGUAAACAGUCUUGUGCUUUUUAUAACAUUGUUAUAAGCAUAAAUCAAUUUUUGACUGUUUAAUUUGUUUAUUUGACAAUUGGCUUAAUUUAUUUCUUUUUAUUUUAAAUAGAAUCACCAGCACAAUGACUGGGAACCAGUGGCUUUACUACUCGUACGCCACCUUCGAGAUUUACGCCAAAAACGCUGUGGAUGGAACCCCUCUGCAAUAUGGUGACGUUGUGGGCCUUAAAUAUCCCUACUACGGCUCGAGUUACUGGAUGACGUACUACAGCGGCUACUUUCGUCCUCGUAGCUGUAGCAGUUCCAGCAAGACGUCCUGUGCACUGGAGAAUACUUACAGUGGAUUCCGGAUCUUCAAGAAGCUGUGA